AAUCCCAGUUUAUUCCAAGGGUAUGCUUUAAUUAGGAUUUUUAUAGCAAUAUUUUUAGGAGUUCUUCGUGCUUACUAUGUGGGGUCACAAGGUGACAAGGAAGGUUAAAGAGUACGAGCUCCCGAGGAGUAACUUCAGCGACACUGACUGCUUUGGUUUCGGUAUCCAAAAGCAUAUUGAUCUUGGCAUCACGUGGUUUUAUCAUUGUAGCAGAUAGGAUCUUGGCGGAGCUGAAGUUUUGAUAAAUUGAGAGAGUUUAAAGCAAGCCAAAA